GGAGCAUGCCUUGACAUUUAUUCCCCCUUUAGACUUCCACCAGCUGGUUUCAAUCAAUGGAACCUCCUCAUCAAAACCCUAACCCUAAGUUCACUCACCGCAGCAGUCAAUUCGUCGAUCCAUUAUCGUCAUCGGACUUCGAGUUCUCAGAAUAUAUCGACCAUGUAUUCGAGGAUGAUCAUUCUUCGCUGCUGAGUAUCGUGUCAUCGGCGCACAUCGGGGGAAGCUCAACGGGGCAUAGACUUGCAACAUCAAGAGAUACAACCAUAAACAAGAACAAGAGGGAAGUGAGACAGAGGAUUGCAUUUAGGACUAAAUCGCAGCUGGAAGUGAUGGAUGAUGGGUAUAAAUGGAGAAAGUAUGGAAAGAAGUCUGUCAAGAACAAUCCCAACCCAAGGAAUUAUUAUAAAUGUGUAGUUGGGGGAUGCCAUGUGAAGAAGAGGGUGGAGAGGGACGGAAAAGACUCAAGUUAUGUGAUAACCACAUAUGAGGGAGUGCACAACCAUUGAAGCCCUGGUGUGGUCUAUGACAACCAGAUGUCCCCUAAUGCUUGGAAUUCUCCAGCAUCUCUUCAGUUUCCCUCUUAUUCUUGAAUUUAUUGGCUUCCACAUAUAUUAUAUACCCUUAACAUAUGUAUAUAAAUUCUCUCAUGCGAACUUAAAAUAAAGACUUAAAAUAUGUGCAUGUAUAUAUAUGAAUCCUGGAAUUUUUUGGGUUGUCCACAUAGGCUUCUUGAACAUUUGGACUUGACCCAUUA